UCAGCGGCAUUACGGCAGCACGUGCUGCGGUCAUGGUCGCGCAGAGGAGCGGCGUUGAGGAGGAGAGACGCCGCUGCUGCAUCCUGACGCCAAGAGAGAGAGAGUGAGAGAGAGAGAGAGAGAGAGAGAGAGAGAGACAGGCUGGCUGGCUGGAGGUGAGAUGCGUGAAUAAUGCACACGGCGGUGAAGGAGAGUUAAAUGCUGCAUCGUGCCGGUUUGUAGACUGUCGCUCCGGCGCCCUGACAAGGAGAACAUGUCACACUACCGCUUCAUCAAAUGCUGUUGUUUCCAGCUAUGUAAUGCCUUCAGGCAGAACAUGGAGAUAGACCAGUGCCUGUUGGAGUCAUUACCUCUGGGGCAGAGGCAGAGGCUGGUGCGCCGGAUGCGCUGUGAUCAGCUGCGUGCGUACUACGACCGUGAACGGACCCUGCAGAAACAGAGCACACACAAACCUCUCAGCAGCCAGCACAAGAAGCACUCCAUUAGCUUCUCCUUGUCUGAUAUCCUCCAGGACGCCAUCGUACGGCACGACGACAAAGAGGUUCUGAAGCUACUGAAGGAGGGAGCUGACCUGAACACAGUUCUCUCAUCAGGAGGUUCGCUGCUCCAUCUGUGUGCGCGCCAUGACAAUGUGUUUGCGGCAGAGAUUCUGAUAGAACGAGGCCUGAAUGUCAAUCUUCAGGAUGAAGACCUCUGGACUGCGCUGCAUGUGGCCUGCGCCUGCGACUACACUGAUAUGACGCUGUUGCUGCUUUUGUCCGGGGUCAAUGCGCUUCUGCAGGACGUAAAUGGGAACGUACCAAUCGACUACACCACAGAGGGGAGCGAGACCAGCUACAUUAUCACCAAGCACCUGGAAGAGUGUGGAGUGGAUGUGAGCUCAAUACACCAGAUGAAGACUCAGAGAGCCUCUGUCAUGCUGUCAGACGUGAGACAGCUGGUCAGCAGCGGAGCCAAUGUCAACCAGAGAAAUGAGGACGGAGUCACACUGCUACACAUAGCUUGUGCUAGCGGCUAUAGGGAAGUGGUGGAUCUGUUAUUGGAGAACGGAGCUGAUGUACAGGCCACAGACAACAGCUACUGGACUCCACUUCACCUGGCUGCCAAAUAUGGACAGAUGCAUAUAGUAAACCAGCUGCUGAAACACAAAGCCGACCCCACUCUACUUAACUACAAUCAAGAUAAGCCUUCAGAUAUCGCUGCAUUGAACCAAAUAGCAGACAGGCUACUGAAGGCAGAGGAAUUCUGGGUGCAGAGACAGAAGGACCCAACAUUACAACCCCCUCAUUCAGAAGAACACUGUGAAGAUCUCAACCAGGAUGUCAGCAUGCUGGUUAAAAAACUAACACCUAUUGCAUUGCCAAUUUCGAAGAGGGACAGUCUGCUGGAGAAGGACAUCAUGUUUCGGGACGCAGGAGGAGCACUGGCACGUCAGUCGUCCCAGGACAACGGGCCGGAUGGACCCUACCCCAGCACCACUAGCAAACUGGAACAGGUGAAGUUAAUGCCUCCAGCACCAAACGACGACCUGGCCUCUCUGAGUGAGCUGACGGACAGCAGCCUUCUGUACGAGAUGCAGAAACGCUUCGGCAACAACCAGAUCUAUACUUACAUCGGUCACAUUCUCCUUCUCAUAAACCCCAACAAAGACCUGCCCAUCUACUCUAAUCUUGUCAGUCAGUUGUAUCUGAGCUCCAGUGGUCGCCUCUGUUCCUCUCUCCCUCCUCAUAUCUUCUCAUCAGCUGAGCGAGCAUUUCACAUGAUGUUGCAAGAGCGACACCCUCAGUGUUUCAUCAUAAGCGGCGAGAGUGGCUCUGGCAAAUCUGAGGCCUGUAAGCACAUCCUGAAGCACCUCGCCACUCGUUCAUGUCCGAAAGGAUUCGCUUUGGAACUUCGCAUGAAGCAUGUGAACUCUAUCCUAGAAGCUUUCGGCCAUGCUAAGACGCCUAUGAACGCUAACGGGAGUCGCUUUAUUAAGCUGCUCUCCCUGCAGUACAACGAGAAAAGAAGGACUCUGCUCAGAGCACGUAUCUACACCUACAUGCUGGAGAAGACUCAGUUAGUCCACACAAACCAAGAGCAACAGAACUUUAACAUCUUCUAUUUGAUGGCUGAGGGGCUUUCAGAUGAGGAGAAGAGCAACCUGAACCUAGACCAUAUUAGAACCCACAGGUACCCGAGCUCAGUGACACCUGCUGAAGCCACCGCAGCAAACACUGAGCGGAGCAGAGAGAAGCUGUCAGAGCUGAAACAUGCCCUGCGUGCCCUUGGAUUUAACAAAUCGGAAGUGGAGAAUCUGUUUGUCAUACUAUCAGCGAUGCUCCACCUGGGGGAGCUGCGUUUCACAGCCCUGACAGAUGCUGACACGGCUCUCGUGUCUGACCUGCAGCUUUUAGAACGAGUAGCGGGAAUGCUGCAGGUGAACCCGGAGGAUCUGGGAGCUGCUCUCACUUCUGAUGUUCAGUAUUUCAAAGGUGAUGUCAUCACACGGCGCCACACGGUGGAAAUGUCCAACCAAUACAGAGACCUCCUGACUAAAGCUCUGUACGGACGACUCUUCAGCGUUCUAAUCAACAACAUUAACUCUUAUCUCCAAGGUCAAGAUGAAAGCCUUGGAGACCCCUCACUUGAGAUCAGCAUCCUGGACAUUUUUGGCUUUGAGAGAUUUCAAAAGAAUAACUUUGAACAGUUGUGCGUAAACAUGGUAAAUGAGCGGAUUCAGCAAUACACCACAGAGCUGCUCUUCCAGCAAGAACAGCAGGAAUGUCUGCAAGAAGGGGUCGCCAUGGAGACCGUCCGCUCCCCUGCCUGUCAGCCUGCACUUGUGGACUUCUUCUAUCAGAAGCCUCAGGGUAUGCUGUGUGUGCUAGAUGAGGAAAGCCAGUCUCUGAGACCAUCUGAACUCAACCUGUAUAAGAGACUCCAGGCCCAGCUGGACUCCACUGCUAGUGACGUCGUUUCACUUACUACCAAGGAUGGAAACGGCAACCCCCCACCAAAAGAUCAGGGCCCGUCUUUUACUGUCGCACAUUAUGCCGGAAAGAUGAGCUAUGACCUCACAGGAUCAUUGGAGAGAAACAGGGAUGCUCUGCCUCAAAACAUCCUGUUUGUUCUCAAAUCCAGUGAGAACGUGCUCGUCCAUCAAAUGUUCCAGUGUAAGCUGACUCAGACAGGCUCCCUGGUGCCUCCAAACCAGCGGCUGCAGCUGCGCAGGUCCAAAGGAGCUUUGCUUCUGCACAUGCCGAGCUCAACCAGCACGCCUAGACACACACAGAAAUAUCUGGAGCUAAAAAAGCUCAUGAAGAAGAAAGGAGCCACAUCGUUCAUACAGAGGCUGGAGCGUUGUGGCCCGGUCACUGUGGCAGUGCAACUAAGGAACUCUCUAUCAGAGAUCAACAGUAAACUCCAGCUCAGCACUCCUCACUUUGUGCACUGCGUGAGGCCCAACAGCUCAGGCCAGGCCGACGCCUUCGACAGCUCCCUGGUGUCCACUCAGCUGCAGUAUGUGGGAGUUCUGGAGAUGGUGCGCAUGAUACGCUACGGUUACCCAGUGCGCAUGCCCUUUACUGGCUUCCUCACCAGAUAUCGAGAGCUGGUGGACACCACACUGACACAUGGAAAGAAAAUAUCCGCUGAGGAGAAAUGCCGCCAUGUUCUCCAGCAUUGCAAACUCCAGGGAUGGCAGUUGGGAAGCAGCAAAGUGUUCCUGAGGUACUGGCAGGCUGACCACUUGAACGACCGCUGCCAUCAGCUGCACAAGAAGAUCCUUACCUGCCAGAAAGUGGCACGUGGCUGGCUGGUGAGGCACCAUGUACGGGCCAAGCUGAGCUAUCAGAAAAGAGAGCAGUGCAAUGUACAACGGUUCCUGCAGGGGGCAGAAGACCUGGGCUUGCGUGCCUACGACAGUUUGGUCAUCCAGAACGCAGCUGAUAUUGCACGAGAGAGCGAUCGUCUAAGGGGCCAUGUCGUCACGCCACCGCUGGGGGAGAGACCCGAACCUGUGGGAACCGAAGACGACUCACCCAGGAGGCCUGUAGAGAAAAGCGGGAGGGUGAACGACGCUGAAGGCCGUACCGGGAGCCGUCCUAUCAGACACUUCCGUUCCAGUUCUGUGCCUAUCCCCCUAGUCAUAGACAACUUGGUACAUUCCGGCAUCGGGCCAUCAAUCAAACCGGCCUUUCAGUCUGUAACUCACAGCAGUGAAGAGGGGGGUAGCGGAGGACUCUCGUCACCACGGAAACAACCUCCUCCCAAACCAAAAAGGGACCCUAACACCCGUCUGAGUGCAUCCUAUGAGGCAGUGAGUGCUGGCCUGAGCAUUGCUCCUAAGGACAGUCCUGCUGACGGCCAAGUCUCACCCUCAGGAAGCCCGCCGAAAACACAGCUAUCUCCCAGUGACCCUCUUUCUAAACCACGUCCUCACAGCGACGACUACAGUACCAUGAAGAAGAUUCCCCCUCCCAAACCCAAACGUAGCCCCAACACCAAGCUCACGGGCUCCUACGAGGAGAUCUCAUCAGCUCCUGCUCCUGUGCGCCCUACAGACAUGAAGUUAGCAUGUUUGGCACGCAGCGGACACUUUAUAGGCCUCAUUCAGCGUGCAGCCUCGGAUGACGGACCUCACGUGGCCACGUUGAGCGUACAGCCAAACAGGGACGAUGAGGACGUCUACAUUGAGAUGGUGAGCACAUGCAGGGCCCUGAGCAUGGCAAACUCCCACAGUCCAGAGCAGAAUGAGGCUGUUUAUGAGGAAAUGAAGUAUUACCCACACGAUGAAGGUGGAACUGUUCUCCAGGUUGCCAAGCCUGAAGUGUGUGAUUCCACUCCAUUCAGCUGUAGCAUUGCAAAGCUGCCGCAGAAUCUAGAGACCAAAAGACCUGUAACCCUUAUAGAUCAUUCAAGCAUGCUGAUAGGGCGUCAGCAAAGCUGGGAUGGUGAUAAAAGGAGUGAAAAAAUGAAAAAAGAUGGGACAGCAUGCGACAUUCCAGCUCCUUUCCCCAACCUUCUACCACAUAGGCCCCCUCUGUUGGUGUUUCCUCCAUCCCCAGUCACAUGUUCUCCGGCCUCGGAUGAGUCCCCCCUCACUCCUCUUGAGGUAAAGAAGCUGCCGGUGUUCGAGACCAACCUCAACUACUCCAGCCAAGAUGGUGGCAGCCCGCUUUCACCCCAGUAUAGUCGCCAGCGAGCUGACUCCUCUCCUAGCCUUUCUGUAUUAAUACCUGACAAAUCUACUCCACCACUGACUCCACCCCCUCCCGCAGCUCCUCCUCCACCGUAUCGCCCUCCAUCACACUUCCCUUUCCCUCCUGAAGCGAACUUUCUGGUCCUGAGCCGUGUCAGCGCAGACUCCAAAAUGACUCAUAAAGGAGGGCACAGUUUAGCAGAGACACCCCCGGGCAGCGCCAAGCCUCCCUACUCACCAGUGAAGCCUUCUCGGCCAGAACCUCGGCGAGCACAUUCAUGUUCAUCCUCACCACUGCUGUUUAACCCAGCCAAUGGGAGGGGUCUCACAAGCCCUCUCGAUGAGUUAAAUACGCUUUUCAGUUCAGGGCGAAGCCUGCUUCGCAAGUCUACAACCGGGAGGAAGAUUCGAGAUACUGGUUUUUCCAACUCCAACAUGAACCUUCCAGGAAGAGAGGAGCAAGGUCCUACCACUUCAUCACCGCAGCUUCAGGACAAAAACGCCAAUCACCGCACAUCCUCACCCAACUCCCCCAUUCCCGCCCCCAUGGAGAACGGCAACCAGAUCUCCAAUGGAACAUUAGAUGAUGACGGACACCACAAGUCAAUUUCAUCCAGUGCCUCUACGCUACACAGACAUAUGGACAGCCACCACACACAGGUCAUCCGGCGAUUCUGUGUGUGGGGGGAUCAGGGAUCUACAUUUCAGGAUUUGUUGAGACGGAGAAGGAGUGUGUGUGAUGGACAGACAGACUGGCAGAAUGCCUGGCUCCAUACACAUGGCUCGCCAACUUUACUGAUGAAGCACAAGAGUAAUACGACCAAGAAAACGCCACCAUAAAAAGUGGUACCUCUGCUGAUCACACGUCCUCGAGGAAGGAACCAGGGACUCAGUUGUUUCACUCCUUUUCCUCUCCUCUUCUGUCUGUCUGUCUGUCUCUCUCUUAUCGCUCAUGAUUUGGAUGAGCCAUCGGAGAACCUCAUAGAUGUCUCUCAGGCCAGGCACCAAAUAAUAUGGAACCCAAAGGACAUACUGCCAUGUCACGUCUUGGUGACCCUUCUGUCUACUACAAAGUCUACAGCUAUCAGAUUUGAAUGCUGUGUGGAAGAGACUAUUUAAGCUGCAAAGAUUGCGAUCGUAUCUGUAACCCAUCUCGCCACACUGUAGUCUACAUUUGUGUACCGUAUUUCAGUUUCGCUACUACAGAUCAAACUGGUGCUGGCUGCUCCUGUGAUUUCUGUUGCCUCACUUUGAUUAAAUGUGGUAUUGGUUGCCCAGAUUAGGGACAGCAUGGCAUACAGGGGCUGGGCUACAGACAUUUGUACAGUUUACAUUACGAGUGUCUUUGUGCUGACCUUCUUGCUUAACUGUGACUUUAGGUUCAGCGACGCAGCUACAGUAUGUCUUACACUCUUUCAGGUGCUUCUGAGACCCACCUUCAGAGGUCACGGGCAUUAAAAACGAGGGGUUGUGAACUCUUGCGGGUUCAGGUAAACUCUCAGUGAUUUCCCAUGGUGCAUUUUCAUCUGAUACAAGCACUAGUUUCAGAUGCAAAGCACACUUUAACUGAAUAAGUAGAAUAUUGCACACUCUGUGCCAACAGACAGAGUAAAAUAAAGGCAAUCAAAUGAAAAACAUAUAAAACAAAAAACGACUUUUCUGUAUCUUCUGGCUGACAAAGACAAACAGAAGUAAUCAACUAAAGUUAGUUAUUAAAAGCAAAUGUACACGUCGGUUUGAAUAAGAACGUCACCCGAUUUUUAAAGGUUGGGAGAAACCUUUGGAUAGGAAUUCAUUCCACUGUGGUGGAAGUUGACCAGAUUAUGUCGGUAAUUGGAAAGGGAUGUGUUUUUUAUUUAAUUUUUUUGUUGGUGUUCAAAUUCUUUACUUAAGAUACAGGCGUCACUGCUGGCUGCCAGCCGAAGAUGACGCAAAGCAACAAAACCUGUGGUUGUGCAAUUACUUGAACUCCACUGUAUCGCCUGUGGUCUCGUUUGAGGCUUCGGGUUGUUGUUUAUUUUAUUUAGUGCAAGUAAAUAGUGAAUACCAUCUUAGAAAAAGAUGAAAAACAAGCAUUCACUUUGUAAUUUAUACAUAUGCCUAAUGUGUAAUGAGACAUUGCUUUAUCUGUUUAUCUGUCUAGAGCUCCACAUACACUGGAGGUGUCCAGUAUGAAUAAACACGGUUGUAAUGAACAGAACGAAAAAAGUUCUGAAAGUGGAAAUUUUUAAAAAUAACGACAUGACACGGUCAUGCCUGCAAUGACACUCAGUGGUUUAUAUAAUCAGAAAAUACCCUUCAUCUUUGUAAGUCUGCAAUCAGUGUUCUGAAUGUUAAGAUAUUAUUGAUUUGCAUUGAUCUCUUUGGUUGGUUUGUUUUGGGUGUGUAUUUUCUUGAGCUUCAUCAGACCACCUGGUACAGACCUGUUCAUUAACUAUGGUAGUUGUUUCAUAUGUUUCAUACUGAUGCUUGUAAUGAGCCCCUAAACUCUAUUUCAUUCCUGCUUAGGUCUUAAAAAAAAAGGUUUAAAAAUGCACAUUUCAAGAAAUGUAUUGACUUACGCUCAGCAACCGGCCUGUCAGACUGAAUGUACAGAAUAUAAGAAUGUUAAUAAGCACACUCUCAUGCUACCUGUGGAGGAAAAAAACAAUACCAGAGAUAGUUUAAUGUACAAAAUUUUGGAUUUCCUCGACACAGAUUCUGCCACUUAUUAUCUAUAGGAUGCAUAUUAUUUGGUGAUUGUAAAGGUAUUUAUAAAAUGACUGUUGUGAAUACUAUCCAGAGUUCUAACCAGGCAUUAUAUCUACUGAGUGAUUUUAAUGAGAAAAACCAGCUGCCAAAUCCCAUUGAUUCACACUGACCCUUGGUUUUGUAGGAUCCUUCCUAUGUCUUCUAAACAACGCAGCUCUGUGCAUGCCAUUAAGCGUUGUUCCAAAAAAAAAAAAAAACGUUUGAAAUUGAUUUUAAAGCUGGGCAUAGCGAUCAAAAUAAUGACUUGUGGUCUACAACUUUUGCCCUGGGUUUUAGCAUUUGAAGUAAAACCAGGGAUUCCCAAAGGCAUGACGGAACAAACAUCAUCGCUUGAUGAUGGCGUGUCACUUUGAACACUUUAAUACAGUGCUUGUUGGAUGCUGGACACAGACAUUUCAUGACAUUCAGCUAAUUUAUUCUUUAGGAUGUUUGCAAGCAGAGUUAAUUUUUGCUUUGCUACUGCUAUACAGGGUUAGCGUGAAUGACAUUUAGUUUUGUUAAUCCAAAACAAUUCUUUAUCUUUAUGCCUGUCAUUCCAACUAUUGUACAAUAGGAACCCAUUUUAUUCUACAGUAUAGUUUAAAAAAGUGAGAUACCUUAGAGCAUGAAUAGCACACUACACUGUUACUAUGUGUUUAGUGUGCUGCAUUGUGAUCAAACCGACAUAUCAUUCUCCAUCUCAUCUGGUGCUGUGGAAAUUUCCGGACUCCUGUGUGGACAAUGUGUUCUACCCAUGUAAUGUGAACCUCCUUUCUCUUACUCAACACCAAAAACAUCCUUUUUUUUAAUGAUUCACUGGUUGCAAGGUGUCAUUUUAUGAAGUGACAUUGCUGGCUGAGUUAGAAUCUUCUCCUUUCGCAGUCACUUGCAGUCCCCCAGACAGAAACAGACAGCUUGAGUUCCUUUUCUUGCUCAACCCCUCUGAACUCAUUGUUGUAUAUUACUGCAUCAUCAAUGUGGAUGUCGCUGCAUUUCUGUUGUCGCUGUUCCUUGUUUUUCUUCAUGUUCUUUUUAUGCAUUAUCUAAAAUAUAUAAAUCCAACUUGCUCCAAUACAUGCGUGUCUGUGGGAAUCAUAUUUUCUUUUAAUUAUGUUUUAUAAAAUUCCUGUACAGCAAUAAAGCACAGUUGUGCCAA